UUUCCUUUCCUUUCCCCAGACGCAGCGGAGGGAAGGGGAAGAUUAGAAAGGAAGGGGAAGGAACAAGGAUUAACUAAAGCUGCGUAGAUUCGUGUACAACUAACACUUUGAGGUAGCAAUCAAAGAUCGGGCCGGGAGAAGGCGGCGGCGAGCGACGGUGUGGGCGGUGGUGGCCGGCCGGCCGGCGGGGGAAGCGCAGCACACGCCCCUUCUCCCUCUGCACGCUGCCUUGAUCGAUCCAUUCGGUACGGCUCUUCUACCCUGAUCGUGGAGAAAAAGAGUAUCAAAUCAAUUCCGCACUGCCAAUGCCUUCGUCUGCACCCGCCGUCGCCGCCGAGCCGUCGUCACUGUCGUCCCUUCCCGGCCGCGACGGCUGCUACUGACUCGACCUGGAUGUAGUAGCUAGCUAGCUCUCGAUUGACAUGUUGUAACAAGCCAGAAACACAAACUGAGCCGGCCGUUUGCCACGGGCUACUGCCACCACCAUCACCUGAUGGCGAUUGCGGUCGGCCACUGCCACGACCUCAAGCCGCCCGCCGUCCGCGGCCGGCACUACCGUCCGCACUCCGUCACCCAGCUCGACCGGUCGCUGCUCGAACGCGACAAUCAGGAACGGAAUGCACUGUCACCGCAGCGCCGGUGUCUCUCCUCCCCGUGCUUCACCACCGUGACCGAACCCGCCUCUGACGACGCCCACGACGACAAGAAGAUGCCCCGCGUGGAGAUCGUCGCGGGUCGCCACGCCCGCGGCGUGCACGAGCUCAUCGCGGAGGCCGCGGGCGCCAUCGCCUCAGGGACGCGGCUUGUGCCAGCGCAGAGCGGCCUCGGCGGGGCUUUGCUGCUCAAGGACGGCCGCUCCGGCGAGCACGUGGCGGUGAUCAAGCCGCUAGACGACGCGACGUCUUCUCCAUCGACCAACGUCGGAGGCGGCUACGAGAGCAAGGCCGUGCUCCGGGAGGUGGCCGCGUACCUCCUCGACCACGACGGGUUCGCCAGCGUCGCGCCGACGGCGCUGAUCAAGAUAUCCCGCCCCGAGAUGGAGACAACCGUGGCGUCCAUCCAGCGCUUCGUGGCGCACCACUACGACGCCGGCGAGCUCGGCCCGUCUAGGUUCUCCGUGACCUCCGUGCACCGCGUAGGAAUCCUGGACGUGCGCCUCCUCAAUAUCGACCGCCACGCCGGCAACAUCCUCGUCAAGAAUCCGCCCACCAGCGACUGCGCCGCGGAUGGCAGCACGUCGGCGGCGCCGCUGGAGCUCGUGCCGAUCGACCACGGCCUCUGCCUCCCUGAGGAGCUCGACGACCCGUACUUCGAGUGGCUGCACUGGCCGCAGUCGUCGCGACCAUUCUCCGGCACCGAGCUCGACUACAUCGCGUCGCUGGACCCUUUCAAGGACGCCGAGAUGCUCCGGGAAGAGCUGCCGUCCCUGACGGAACCGGCCAUCCGGAUCCUCACGCUGUGCACCGUCUUCCUCCAGCGCGCGGCCGCGGCGGGGCUCUGCCUGGCUGACAUCGGCGACAUGAUGACCCGCGAGUUCUCGUCGGCGGAGGAGGGGCUGAGCGCGCUCGAGGCCCUCUGCAAGAAGGCCGUGGACUCCAUCGACACCCAGUCGCCGAAGCGCGUGUCGUUCGGGGAGCUGGGUGGCGAGGAGUGGGCGGCGUUCAUGGAGAAGUUUGAGCAGCUGCUGCCGCCGGCGUUCGAGGACAAGAAGCGCGGGGCUGGCGUUGCGCUGAAUUAACGCCGACGACCGUGAUGAAACGUACGUACGUUCUGCACGCAGGGUGUACAUGUAUGCAUACGUGUGUCGUGGUGAUUUAACCAAAGAGAGAAGCCUUGCGUGUUACUCCUAUAUGUGUGUGUGCGUACAUUGGUCGAGGCCGUACGUGUACGUGAGCUUGUGCCGUGACAUGCUACGGAGAGCAUGCA